GCAACGGAGAAAAAAGUGACUAACAUUACACAGCAUCACAGCAAAAAUGCGUCCCUUGUGGUUGCUGAUAUCUCUGUUCACUUUUGCUCUCAUCAAGGCACAAGCAGGUACUUCUGGAAAGGAAGUGACUAAGCGUCAUGCAGGGAGCGGUGACAGCAAUGAAGGAUUUCCUCCAUUCAUUGAGCUACUGAGAGGGAGAGACGGACGAGACGGUCGAGACGGAGAGCCUGGACCUAAGGGAUCUCCUGGUGCCACAGGAGAGAAAGGAGAUACUGGACCUCAGGGACCUCCGGGACCCAGCAGUGGAGGAGUCACAUACAUCAGGUGGGGUCGAACCACCUGCCCCAACACACCUGGUACCGAACUAGUCUACAAAGGUUGGGCUGCUGGAAGUCACUAUUCACAUACUGGUGGAGGCAGCAACUACCAAUGUGUCACCGAAGAACCACAGAACCUUGCCUUCGGUCCUGGCACUGCGGACAGUUCUUACAUUUAUGGUGCCGAAUAUCAGAUUUUUGGAAAUACUCCACGUGGACAGCAUCACUUGAAUGAUGAUGAUGUUCCAUGUGCUGUUUGCUAUGUGUCUACCCGAGUGGCUCACCUCAUGAUCCCAGGAAGAUACACUUGUCCCCCGAACUGGACUCGCGAGUACUAUGGCUAUCUCAUGGCU